CACACACACACACACACACACACACACACACACACACACACAUGCGUACACGUGGUCUGUCAGACACACCACAGGAAAAAGCCCAGUGCUUGGAAUAUGGAGAAGAGACAACAUGGCUAAAUACACACGGACUCUUCAUUUCUGGGAUGAACACUCGUGGAUGUACCCUACACUGGUGUUUUGCUUGGAGAUGCUGAUCCUAAGAAAAAUAUACCACAGCUGAGAAAAAUUAAAGCAACAAACAAAUAAACAAAAAAACUUGCAAAAAUGAUGGAGAAAGUAGAGAAUCAUUGCUCACCAAUUGACAGGGAGCAGCAGAGUCCUGUGAAAACAGAAUCUCCUCGUAUUAGUGACUCUCUUUCUAAUGACAAAGAGAAGCUGGAAAUCACAUCUACAGCCUCUACACAGACCAAUAGGGACAACUGUAAAAGCAGUAAAGAUGUGACAAAUUCACCUGUUUCCAGGGAGACAGUUUUGCAUUCGAGAGACAGCUUGUCCAGUCUGCCUCCCAAUGUGCCUGUGAUUAGCCUUGGACAUAGCAAGCCCCCCAUGGCAGACAGUGGAGGGGUGGCCAGAGGUGUGCCAACAACAGAAUUGACUGCUCUUCACCCUAUCCCUUCACUGAUUCCCUGCACUAAUGCCAGGAUGGUACACCUGCCGUCUCCUACCCCUAUGCCCAUUCAUGCCUUACAGAGCCCCCUCCUCUGUCAGCCCUUCCAUCAACAUGCUUCCCUCAACAGUGCUUACAUUGGGACAUCAGGUACGUUUAGCAUCUUAUCAAACAAUCGGUUCAAACGGCGACUUUCAUCUCACUAUGAAGUUGAAGAGCCUGAAGGUCAUCAUCCAAUGAAGGUAGCCCGGAGGGUCUUCACCAACAGCCGAGAGAGAUGGCGUCAGCAAAACGUGAAUGGUGCCUUUGCAGAGCUACGCAAACUCAUCCCUACUCACCCACCUGAUAAAAAACUCAGUAAAAAUGAAAUCUUACGUCUUGCCAUGAAAUAUAUUAAUUUCCUUGUGAAACUACUGAAUGAUCAAGCCACAGAAGAAGAUUCUAGAGACAAACAAGCCGAGGGCAAGAAAAACCCAGUACCUGGCACAGAAACAAAGAGUGGACUAGGCUGUAGAGACAUUUUAAGGGAAACCAUGGGUUCUAAAGCACCUUCGGUGGUAGGUCAGAACACUGAUUUGCAGGACUUUGCAGAACAGAGAGACACAGAUUCAGGGACAGUACCUGCUACAUCCCCAGUGUCUAGCUGCUAUGCUGAAACUGUAAGUCCAGAGAGUGAGGAGACAGAAAAUGACCAUAUAAUGAAGAAUGGCCAUGAUUCCAAAGGGACUGCUUUAAUUGAAGCAACAGUAGUGGACCUUCGGUGAUGUAAAAGAUGGGGGGGGGGGGGUGAGGGUUGGAUGUUGAGUGCUGGCUAAUGGCUGUAUCCUGAAGUAAAGGCAUGCUUUUAUUUUUCAACUCAUCUGCCAGGCUGGAUUUCUACGGAAACUUAGCAAUGUGGUGUAUUUUAUUUUUUGAAAGAUUGCAGAUCCUUGAAAGGUAAACUAACAUUGAUAGAAGCAAAACAUAUUCCAAAUUAAGUCUGACGUGGAAGACAGAAUACAACCUCUCAGUUUUAAGUCACCCUUUCCUUCCCACCACAAUUGCAGUGGAUGCUGAGUCUCAUUGCUUCUAAAAGAAGUUGGAAGACAAACGUGACAUAUUCUCAGAUGGUACAACAUGUAAAAGAUUUUUUUAGAGCGUUGUUACAAGCUGCACAUUGACAACACUAUGAGAUAAUGAACUAGGACCAGUUUAACAAAUACAGUACAACUGGAAAUGAAAAAAAGUGUUCUGCUGUCAAGCAGUUUUUUUGUCAACUUUCAAAACUGAAAUGUUCAAGUUAUAAAGACCAUUAAAAUGUUUUAUUUUGUAAUUAGUUCAAA